GUAAGAGCCAACAAAGAUUUUUUUUGCAACAGCAUCUUCAUUCCAGCAGGAAGACUUCAACAUCUUAUCCAGCAGCAUGACUUCUCACUCCGUCCUCCUGUGCGUCCUGGCUCUCGCGUAUUUCUUCAGCUCUGCUUUGUGCAGUCCUGCGUGCAACAACCGGUGCUGCCGAUUCGUGGAGGGCUUCCCGCUCAGGCUCAAGCAGCUCAGACAGGACUAUGCACGGAUCAGAGAUUACUACGAAGCAAACGAUGACUUAGACACAGCGCUGCUAGAUCAGAGCGUCGAAGACUCCUUUAAGAGCCCGUACGGCUGUCACACCAUGAACAGCUUACUGGACUUUUACCUGAGCACGGUUCUGCCGACAGCCGUGGCCGGAGUGACCGAAGACAUCAAGAGCCUAAAGCCUCACAUGGAGUCCAUACAAGAAAUCUUCAGUAACCUCAAGAGAGAUGUCAUCCAGUGUAGAAACUACUUCUCCUGCAAGAAACAGUUUGACAUCCAAAACCUAAACUCUACUUACACUCAGAUGGAGAGCAGAGGUCUAUAUAAGGCCAUGGGAGAGCUGGAUAUAUUGUUUAACUACUUUGAGACGUACCUUGCUUCUAAAUGGCAAAGAAAUUAAGUGUCCUCUGUGUGAAGACCUGCUGGCCCUAAUCAAAAUAUGAAGUUCAUCUCUGGGAGAAAAGGACUGGCUUCCACUCUGCUUACUGAAAUGUUGUCUUUACUAUUUAUGAGACCUGAAGUUUAUUAUGAGAUCAUUUGUCCUAAGGACAAGUUUCUGUUAGGAUCAUAU